UAUUACUUUCUCCAAGAUAUAAAUUGAAUUUAAUAGAAGUUGCUUUUGUAAGUUUUCUUUGAUGUAAUUAUUAUGUUAUCUUCGGUAGGAGAUCGUUACAGUAUUUUUUCAACGGGACAACUGCAUAUCCGUCGAGUCAGCCAUGCUGAUAGUCAGAAAAAGUAUCAAUGUCAGACAAGACACAGGUUGACAAGCGAAACCGUUGUCAGUUCCACUUUUGGAAGGUUACAUUUAACAGAAUCGUUCAGAAACGUCAAACCAAGAAUAACAGAUAACAGAAGACAUAUCCGAGUUGGACAGGGACAAGUGGUGGAAAUACCGUGUGCCUCAGAAGGCUAUCCGGUUCCAACGUAUAAAUGGUAUAAGAAAGAUAUCGGACGUCUCACUCCAGUUCAUAUAGGACAACGGGUCAUGCAAUUGGAUGGGACACUAGUGAUACAAGACACCGUUGUACACGAUAGUGGUAGAUACGUAUGCACUGUCAACAAUACGGUCGGAGUUGAAAGCGCCGAGACGGAUUUACUCGUUACAGUUCCACUAACGGCGAAUAUUCAACCUUUGCAACAAGUAGUGGAUGUGGGUAAACCGGCAGUAUUUAACUGCACCAUCACGGGUCAUCCAAUAUCGGCAGUGGAGUGGAUGAAAGACUAUCAGCCUUUACGUUCAACACGUAUACAACACGUGACCAGAGAAGUAGUAAAAAUAGCGUCUGUAAACAGAAACGAUAAAGGAAUGUAUCAAUGCUUCGCUUUCAACGAUUUUCAGUCUGUUCAGGGAACUGCUCAGCUUAGUCUGGGAGAUUAUUCUCCGAUAUUAUUAGAAAAGUUUUCUGAAGAAACUAUUAAACCUGGUCCAUCUAUAUCAUUGAAGUGUGUUGCGUCAGGAAAUCCUUUACCACAAGUCACGUGGACUUUAGAUGGAAUGGCUGUUCCUGAAGGAAGUCGUUACAGAAUGGGUGAUUAUGUUCGAAGUGACGCUACAGUUGUUAGUUAUGUUAACAUUACGACUACUCAAGCCGAAGAUGGUGGUGUUUAUGAGUGCACGGCAACUAAUGAAGUAGGAACCACGUCACACAGACAGAAAAUUAAUAUUUUCGGUGCUCCCUUCAUACGUCCAAUGUUAAACGUGUCAGUUGUUGCGGGAGAAACGAUGAAAAUUCAAUGUCCUUUUGGUGGUUACCCAAUAGAGAGUAUCAAAUGGGAAAGAGAAGGUCUCAGAAUGCCGUAUAAUCAUCGUCAGAAAGUAUAUAUCAACGGAUCAUUAAUAGUGAAAGAUGUAGAAAGAGCCACGGAUGAGGGACGAUACACUUGUGUAGUGAGAAACAAAGAUGGACAAAUUGCACAGAACAGUUUGUACGUUUCAGUUUUGGUUCGUCCCUUUAUAGUACCUUUUCAGUUUCCUAACCCGUUGCAUCAAGGACAACGUUAUUCAGUUCUUUGCACAGUCACAAAAGGAGAUCCGCCUGUAGAUAUAAAAUGGUUCAAAGAUGGAAGAAAAAUAAAAAAAGAGCAGGACGUACAGAUUAUUGAUGUCGCUAAAUUUUCAUCAACUUUGGUAUUCGAAUCUGUGGCACCAGAGCAUCGUGGUAACUAUACAUGCGUUGCCAGUAAUGCUGGAGGUUCAGUUAGCCACACUGCAACAAUGGUAAUUCAUGUUCCUCCACGUUGGAAACUAGAACCAACAGAUACAAAUGUAAUAAAAGGAAGAGUAGCUGUAAUAGAUUGCCAAGCUACAGGAUUUCCACCACCAAGAAUGAGAUGGACUAAAUCAGAAGGAUUUAAUAUAACUGGAGAUAUACCAGGAGAAUUUAUGCCAAUAAGUAGUAGUUCGCACCUUCAUGUUUUUGAGAAUGGCUCCUUAGCUAUACAUAAUACAGAAGAGGCUGAUAUGGGAUACUAUCUCUGUCAAGCAUCCAAUGGUAUUGGUCAAGGACUAAGCAAAGUCAUAAAACUCACCGUGCAUGUUGCUGCUCAUUUUAGGUUAAAAUUUAGAGCAGAAACCGUACGAAAGGGACACGAUGCUAAAUUAAAAUGUGAAGCUAUUGGAGAUCGACCAAUAACAAUUUCAUGGUUGAAAGAUAAACAACAAUUUCGUCCCCAGAGUGAUCCCAGAUACGAAGUUAAAGAAAAAGUUUUAUCUAACGGCAUUAUUUCUGAAAUUACUAUACACAGAGCGGAUAGAAGAGAUUCCGCUUUGUUUACUUGUAUUGCUUCCAAUACUUUCGGUCAAGAUGACACUAACCUGCAACUUAUUAUGCAAGAACCCCCCGACAGUCCUCAAGAUGUAAAAGUCCUCGAGUACACAAGCAGAAAUGCAAAAAUAACCUGGACGGCUCCUUAUAGUGGUAACAGCCAAAUAACAGAAUACAUUCUUCAAUAUAAAGAAGAGAAAGAUAGAUGGCACCAUAAGCCGGCUAAUGUUACUGUACCGGGUACAGAAACUUCAGUAACUGUACGUGGGUUACUCCCUGUUACAACUUAUCAUUUUCGCGUGUCUGCAGUCAACAGUUUAGGAAAAAGCGAGAGCAGUCCUUACGUUCGAGUGCACACAGACGAAGAAGCUCCUGGAGGACCACCACAGAAAGUGAGAGCGUACCCCACAGGAUCCCAAUCUGUAAAAGUGACCUGGAAGCCACCACGUAAAGAUCUCCAUUUUGGAAUUCUCAAGGGCUAUUACGUUGGUUAUAAAGUACUUCAAUCCCAAGAUACCUAUGUUUACAAAACAUUAGAUUUUAAAGGAGAUGAAUUUUUAGAAGAAAGUCAUUUAACUAAUUUAAGACGGAAUACCAAAUACAGUAUAAUAGUUCAAGCAUUUAAUAGCAAAGGUACAGGUCCACCUUCAGACGAUGUGACUGUUCAGACAUUAGAAAAUGAUCCGCCCAGAUCUCCUCCCCUCUAUGUUAAAUACGUGAAUAACUCCUGUAUCACAAUAUCGUGGAAUGUUGACAGUUUAGAUGGUAACCCAGUUACAGGUUAUAUUUUGCGUCAUAAAUGGGAACAUGGUAAUUGGGAAGAAGUCCAAUUAUCUAAUAAAACUAGGAAUUUUGUAAUAUGUCAUCUUAGGUGUGGUGCAAAAUAUCAUUUUAUUCUCACCGCUUUCAAUUCUAUUGGAAAAGGAGAACAAAGUGAUCUCGUCACUGGGAAAACUAAUGGAACUGCUCCGGUGCCCCCAGAUAAGACCUCCCUGUUGACAACCAAUACUAGUUACGUGAUCAUUCACUUGGAUUCAUGGCACGAUGGUGGAUGCCCGAUAUCGUAUUUCACUCUGCGAUAUAGACCACAACGACAAAAGUCUUGGAUUUUAUUAUCCGAUAAAGUAUCUAUCGAUCAAAGGACGUAUAAAGUUAGUGAUCUCACACCCGGUACUUGGUAUCAGCUUCAGAUAAUUGCGCAUAAUGAAGCGGGAAUCAUGGAAGCGGAAUAUACUUUUGCAACAGUACCAUAUAUAGCAGACAUCAUAACACCUUCAACUGUAGCAGAAUCAGAAGAUUUACCUUUUUAUUACGACUUGAAUAUCAUACUACCUGCAUUAGUAUCGUUUGCUGUCGUUUUAUCAUUAUUGAUUUUAGUUUGCAUUAUAAUUCGUAGAAGAAAUUCUUCUGAGAGUUCUCAUAGUGGAAGUUCCAUUUAUGGGAAUAGAAAGUGUCAGUUACAGGAAUCGGUGCAAAUGACAAGAGUCGAAAAAAACUCAAUGAAGAAAACAGAAUCGAUUGCGAGUAAUUCAUGCUAUUAUCCAACGCCUUAUGCAACUACAUGCCUAUCUUCAUCUGCAGAACAGAAGUCUAUCGAUACAUUUUGUAAACAGUCUGUGGAUGAACCAUUGUAUGCAACAGUAAAGAGAACACCUAGACCUCCAAGAUCAGAUUUCCAUAUCUAUCAUUAUCCAGUGAACGUUACACCGGAUUUAUCAGACGAUGGCUUUGCCUCGACUUCUAGUCAUUGGAAAGGAUUAUCUUCUGGGUCAAAAUCUGAGGAUAUACCCUAUGAGAAAACAGUAACAGGUAAUUCUCUGUUAGUAUAAGAAUCUGAGAUAAGAAAAUGUACUAUAUUUAUGACUCUAUUAACUUUGUUAGAGUGUGAACUCCACAGAUAAGAAGUUUGUUCUAACAUCCUGUAAAUAUUC